ACUGUUCAACGCCAUCGAGCAAACACCACACACAAGGAUCGGCCAUCAGACCAUUACAGGAUUAAUGUGUUCUACCCAUUUAUAGAUCACGUUGUCGGUGAACUUGAAAGGAGAUUUUCAAUCCAGCACGAAGGCCUGAUUACCGCUCAAAACCUGUUCCCUUUGUACUUGCCCAAGUUAACUGACAGGGAUAUCGAGAGGAUCAAGAACUACUUCAGCAAGCAUCUAGAUUUCUCGGAGAAGUCUAAUUUUGACGCAGAGCUGGCAAGGUGGUGGAUGAAAAAGGCAAUGGAGCUAGAGUCAGAACAAGAGGGAGCAAUGCCUGAUUGCAGUCCGCAAGAAUUUCCCGCCAUUCAUAAGGUGAUGUCGUCAGUUGCGAACGCUCCUUCUCAACCCUACGCCGUCUGAAGCUACGGACUUAG